AUGUCAACGAGAUCACUAAUGGAUGUCAACGAGGAUUCUGAAAUUCUGUCAAAACUUGGAAUAUUAUCCACGAAACAAAGCCCAAACAAAGCCCACAAACAAACAUCAUCGUCAACACCACGAAAGGAGAAAAACGAUUUUGUUGAGGUGAAAGUGGAUGACUGGAAAUGGGAAGCUGACACAUUUGCUGCUCAAAGUGACGACGAACAAAGUGAUGAAAAUCUCGUCUACGAUAAGCAUACUUUACUGGACGAUCGUUCGUCGAAUCGAAGUUUACGACGAAGGUCGAGUGGUGUGACAUGUCGAAACAUUCUUCUUGCAUCUUCUUUUCUUUCUUUGCGAUUCUUUUGGUUUGUGCUAAAAUGCCCAAUUACGUUUAUGCUAAUGCUUGUUUCUAUGCUAAAUUCGUAA